AAAGGAAUAUGUUCAAACAAAGCUUAUAUAUAACAAGAGCAUUGGUAGCUAAAUAACUUAGAAGUUGGGUUUCAACUUUCAAUCUGCUAUUGUAGAUUACAGACUUUACUACUGUGGUUUUAGCAAAACUAUUUUGUUUCAUUUCCUCAAUAUAUACUCUAUAGAAGGAACAAUCAUGGUAAUGCCAAAAUAUACACCUUUUGUUUUAAUUCUUUUACUAUUCGGGGCGUGUAACAAAUCAUUUGCCUCAUCAUUCAUUCCAAUUGAUAAUUAUUUGGUCGCUUGUGGUUCUUCCCACGAUAUCACUUUUCAGGGUCGAACUUUCAUACCUGAAUUUAAAUUUAAUCAUUCCAACCUUCAAAUAAUAGCCAAUAAAUCUAUUGCUGUUACUUCUAAACCCAACACUACACUUUCACCACUCUAUAAUUCAGCUCAACUCUUCUUUGAAAAGGCAUCAUAUAAAUUCAAAAUUCAACAACACGGGAGACAUUGGAUCCGUCUCUAUUUUCACCCUUUUCCUGAUUCCAACCCAAACAUGACCUUUGCCUCAAUAAAAGUAACCACUGAUAGUUUUGUGCUUCUUGAUAACUUCACUUUUGCAAACUAUACGAACUCUCAUUUUAAGAAGGAGUACGCGAUCAACAUUACAUCAGACGAGUUAUCACUUACUUUCAUCCCUCUAAACAAUUCACUUGUCUUUGUUAACGCCAUAGAAGUUAUCUCUAUAUCAGAUGAGCUCUUCUUUGACCAUAUAGUAGUAACUCUAAAUCCAUCAGGCUUUUUUGAACAAUUCUCAAAGUCUGCCCUUGAAACAGUGUACAGAGUGAAUAUUGGAGGUGCAACUUUGAGUGACACCCUUGGAAGGACUUGGGAGAAUGAUGAAUAUUACUUCCGCCACCCCAUAAACACCUCCACUAGUUCUUAUCUCGUAUCUACAAACCCUUCUGCAAUAAAGUAUUCUGUUGCUGCUCCACCAUCGGUUUAUGCCACGGCCAGAGCCUUGAAAAUUGCAUCACAGUCACAAUCACAAGGAUACGACUUAAGUUGGAUCUUUAAUGUAGAUCCAAACUUCAUGUAUUUUGUUCGGGUUCAUUUCUGUGACAUAAUUAACAAUUCACUGAACAACAAAAUGGUUUUCAAUUUAUUUAUAAAUGGAGCAUUUGCGGUUAGAAGUCUUGAUCUCUCAUCCAAAACUAGAAGACUUGCUGUCCCAUAUUACCAUGACUUCAUCUCCUACUCCUCAAGAAAUACUUUCAAAGUGAGUGUGAGUGUUGAUCCUGAUACGAGGGCAGACACGUUAGAUGCAAUCAUGAAUGGUGUUGAAAUAUUGAAAAUUAGCAACAAUGCAGGUAGAUUGAACGAGUUUUCUUCUUUUGAGGGCUUUUAUUCUAACUUACCAGAAAAUGAGGCAAGUGUUUUAGAUUCACCAAAAAAAACUUCGAAAAUAAGUACAAAACUAGGGAUUUGGUGGGCUGUCAUUUUAAUUGGUUGCAGUGUGUGUGUUUUGGCGUUUCUAGCAUUUGGUGGACUAUCAUUUUGUUAUUUGAAAGGUCGCUGGAGGAAGAAGAAAUCAGUAACUAGUUUUAAGUUUCUGAGACAUUAUACUUUGCCUGAGAUGCAACAAGCAACAAAUUAUUUUGAUGCUGAGCUGAUUACUGGAGCAGGAGGAUUUGGAAAGGUGUAUAAAGGAAAACUAGAAAAUGGGAAAGUAGUAGCCAUCAAAGUAGCAAAUCCUGAAUCUAGACAAGGACUCAGUGAAUUCCAAAAUGAAAUUGAGUUGUUGUCUGGUCUUCGUCAUCAAAACCUUGUAUCUCUUGUAGGUUGUUGUAAUGAAGACUCAGAACUGAUUCUGGUAUAUAAUUACAUGGCAAAUGGAUCGCUCAACAGUCAUCUAUAUGGUAGGGACUUUGUUCCUCUAUCUUGGAAGCAACGCCUUGGGAUAUGUUUAGGGGCUGCAAAGGGACUUUUAUAUCUUCACACUGGAGCUAAACAGAGCAUAAUUCACCGUGAUGUGAAGACAACAAACAUUCUCUUGGAUGAAAAUCUUGUGCCAAAAGUUGCGGAUUUUGGUAUAUCAAAAAAGGGUCCUCUUCUUGAUAAAAGCCAUGUUACAACCAAUGUAAAGGGUAGUUUUGGCUAUGUUGAUCCAGAAUAUUUUUGGACUAAGUAUCUCACUAAGAAAUCGGAUGUUUACUCGUUUGGGGUGGUGUUGAUUGAAGUUAUAUGUGGGAAGCCUGCUUUAGAUGAUGCCCGUAAGACACAGGAGAUGAAUUUGGCACUGUGGGCAUUAAGCUGCCAUAAAAAAGGUACUUUCAAUGAAAUGGUAGAUCCAUAUUUGAUUGGAAAAGUUAAUAUGGAUUCUCUAAACAAGGUUUUAGAGUUGGCAUGGAAGUGCUUGGAGGAGCGUCGGGUUAACAGACCAUCAAUGGGGUAUGUAUUAUGUCAACUAGAAGAAGCUCUCCAUCUUGAGUUGGCUUCACAUGUUUUGAAUGACAAUGACAAUGAAUUUACAGAUGAUAUAGAAGCUGUUGUUUGAAAUUUGAAACCAUAGACUCCUUAUUCAACAACUCAUUCGUUAAAGUUGGUUAUUUUAAAGGUAUCAGAAGUGUAUGUAUUGUAGGAACGAAAAAGUUUUUAGAGUAAAUCUAUUUAUAAACUUUUAGGAUUGAAAUUUUGACCAAAAUAUGAAUGUAUGUAACAAAUAUUUAUGAAGCUACUUAACUCUAUUUCCUUCAUUUUAGAACUAUUUUUGUGAAUUUUAAUUAUUGGGGCACGUGAUUAAUAUAGAGAUGGGAUAUUAGUGGAUUCGUUUAAAGUCGAAGCAGUUUUGAUGUGGAAGAUCCCUGACACAAUAGGUAAGAGGUGACAACUUGCCUACCCAUUUUAUAAAAUUGGGCUAGGUGACCCAUCUUAAGUGUCUUAAUUAUAUUGGUCCACCAAAUUAUCAUUUAUAAUAUUAUUAAAACAUAGUUAAUUCGUCCCCAUGAGCUUAGCUCAAUUGGUUGGGACAUCAGCAUUUUAUAUGCAGGAGCCAGGGUUCGAACCCUGGACACUCCACUUAUCCAUCUUUAAAGGUGGAAUUUCAAGCCACUAGGCUACCUGACCAAAAAAAAAAA